AAAACAGGUUCAACCGACUCAAAAAGUUGAUUUUUGUGCUGAUUCUUGUCACUUGAUUAUGAAAUUGGUUAAAAAAUUUACUUAUGAAUUGAUCAUUACCAGGAUGGAGCUGCACUUCAGUUUAAAUAAAAAACGAUAGGGAAAUUCCUUGCCGCAGAGCUUGGCGGAGGUACAAUCAUCGUUGCAAAUCGUUCAUCGGCUUCUAACUGGGAAACUUUUAGGUUGUGAACGAUCAAUGAGACCAGUUUUCAUAUGCGGGUGUUUUACAAGCAAUUUAUAGGACUUGACUCAACCGGAAUCAAGUUGGUCGCUAUUGCAACAGAUUAUAAAACAUCAGAUGUUUUCGAGAUUAUUAGAAAAUCUGAUGAUCCAAGCCUUGUUCGGAUUAAAGCACCAAAUGGGUCCUUCUUGCAGGCGAAAACUCAAGAUCUUGUGACCGCUGAUUCUAAAGGUGAUGGGCAAUGGCAAGACGAUGAUCCUUCAGUUUUCGAGAUGACGAUAGCGCAAAGAUUGCAAGGAGAGUACCAAGUGACUCAUGGUUAUGGUCCUUCAAAAGCGCCACAAAUCAUGAAUGCUGGAGAAAACCUUUAAAGUUUCAGAAAAA